AUGGCGAUCAAGCACAACAACCAAAUCCAGAAGAACCACUUCCGCAAGGACUGGCAGAAGCGUGUGCGCGUGCACUUCGACCAGCCCGGCCGUAAGCACCGUCGUCGUGAGAACCGUAUCGCCAAGGCUGCUGCCGUCGCUCCCCGUCCGGUGGACAAGCUGCGUCCCGUUGUGCGAUGCCCUACCGUCAAGUACAACCGCCGUGUCCGUGCCGGCCGUGGUUUCACCCUGGCUGAGCUCAAGGAGGCCGGUAUCCCCAAGAAGCUUGCGAACACCGUCGGUAUCGCUGUCGACCACCGCCGCACCAACUACUCGAAGGAGUCCCUGGUCGCCAACGUUGCCCGUCUGCAGGACUACAAGGCCCGCCUGAUCCUCUUCCCCGCAAGAGCGCGUGAGGGUGUCGCCACCCGUGUCGAGGCUGCUUUCCCUAUCACCAACCCCGCUGAGGAGCACGCCAUUUCCGAGAUCAAGCGCAGCGAUCUCCCCAAGGGUGAGGAGGCUGCUUACCGCCGCCUGCGUGACGCCCGCGCUGAGGCCCGUCACCGCGGCAAGCGUGAGAAGCGCGCCAAGGCCAAGGCUGAGGAGGAGGCCAACGCUAAGAAAUAA